UUUGGACGUAUUAUUAGUAUAUGACGGUAUAAAUAAAAUUUGAACGGUUUAAAAAAUGUACUCAUUUUUCCAUUAUAAACUUUAUUAACAUAACAAAAGAAAAAAAAUACAGAGAGAGAGUUAAUAAAUUAUUACGAACGGCUGAAAAAGGCACAAAAUUCUCUUUGAGAGUGUGCAAUAAUUAACUAUAGUUAUUAAGUAUUUGUAGCAUUUCUUCUUUAUUUGUUUGUGUUGUGCAAGUAUUAGUGAACACCUGUGUAAAUGUGAACUAAAAAGAAAUAAAAAAAUAAUAAAUAAAAAAAUAAACGUUUGUAUGUAAACAAAAUAUAACCGCUAAAGUGAAACAAACAAAAAAGAAAGAAAACAAUAACAAUACGAUCGCAACUUCAACAGAAAACAAAAAGAACGACAGCAACAACAUUUUAUAUAAUUGAAGAGUCACGCUAGAAAUUUGACAUGAAAAUGAUUGGUAGCGAUUAUGUCUUGGAGGCUCAUAACAUCUAUCAUACCACUGAGGUUGAUGGUGGUGGUUGUUUCAAUGGAGCUGGUAGUUCAGCUUUAGUCCUAAAAGGUGUUAAUCUUACUGUGCACAGUGGUGAAGUAAUGGCCAUAUUAGGUUCUAAAGGCAGUGGAAAACGUGCAUUACUUGAUGUCAUUUCACGUCGUGCUGAAGGCUCAACUAGAGGUCAAGUCCUUCUUAAUGGAUCUCCUUUAACUAAAGCCUUAUUCCAACAACGUUGUGGUUAUGUCACGCAAUCAUGCACUUUUAUACCCGGCCUUACAGUUGCUCAAACAUUACACUAUACACCCACCAUUCUUUCAGGUUAUUUAAAAAGCUCAAAAGUGCGUCAAGUUUUGGCUGAUUUAGCUCUAUCACAAGUUGCUCAUAAACGUGUAGAAUAUUUGAAUAUAAGUGAGGCCAGACGUUUGGCAAUUGGUGUACAAUUGGUCAGAGAUCCAGUUAUGCUACUUCUUGAUGAACCCACUCAAGGUUUAGAUCCAUUAAGCGCCUAUUUGCUGAUAUCUAUACUAUCGAAUACUGCAAAGAAAACUGGUUGUGGUAUUUUACUCUCUUUAGAGAAACCACGUUCCGAUGUAUUUCCAUUUUUGGAUCGUGCCCUAUUUCUAUGCUUGGGUGGAGUUGUAUACUCUGGUGGCACUCGUGCCAUGUUGGAAUAUUUUCAUGGAAUUGGCUUCCCCUGUCCUCAACUGGAGAAUCCCUUAAUGUAUUAUCUGUGUCUAUCGACAGUUGAUAGACGCAGUAGAGAUAGAUUUUUAGAAUCAAGCCAACAAAUUGAGGCUUUGGUGGAAAGAUUUUCCAGAGAAACAUCUCUGUCGGAUGGUCCUCUUAAUAAUAUGGGCAGUGGUAAAGUUCCCUUGGCUUAUGGUAAGCCGGGAGAAAUCAAAGUUUGGGUUAUGUUGUAUCUAAAACUUUUAGCUUCUACUUUUUCCUGUGGCAUGGCUGGUAUGAAAUCUUUAUUUUUGCGUUUAUUUAUUUUGCCCAUAGCCAUGGCUUCAAUGUGGUUAUUCUACACUAGUGUAGGAGAUGAUGCUCAUGGAUUCUUUAGCAAAAAUGGCAUGAUUUUAAAUAUGAUAGGUUUGUCCUAUGGUUGUGGUAUAUUGACCACUAUUUCUUUAUUUCCCAUAUGGCGUAAAAGAUUUUCUCAAGAUACUCCCGAGGGCUUAUAUUCUGGAGCUACUUUAUUAAUUGCCUAUAACUCAGUAUCCAUACCAUUUUCCUUAAUAUCAGCGGUUAUGGCUAGUUGUGUUAUUUAUCCUCUCUUACUGGAUCCGAAAUUUCCUAAUGGUACCACUUUUGCUUACCUUAUGGUAGCUUUAUGGUCCAGUUAUGUUUUGGCCGAACAAUUGAGUAUUUCAUUUUUAUUAUUGGUCAAAGUACCCUUUAAUGCAGCCAUAGCUGUAUCUUAUAUUUUGGUUAUAUCGAUUGCUUUAGCCAGUGGCACCGUACGCUCUUUCAAAGGCUUACAACCAUGGCUGCAGGACAAUACGAAGGGUACACAUACACGUUACGCUUCAUCCCUUUUGCACAGUAUUGCUUUUCAAACACGUAAAAUGAAUUGCACACCCACCGCAUCGGUAAUAUGUCCCAAACCUGCCGAUUUUCUUCAUGAACGUUUAGGUUUGGCUGAUCCAGAUGAAACCAUUGAUGUAGUGGCCUCCUGUGCUUUUGCUAUUGGUUUGGCUGCAUUUAAUAUGCUGUUGUACAUGUUUCCUAUGCCCAGAUGCGUUCGUCAAAAGUUUAGAGACUGAAAAUGCAAUUUAAAAAAUUGAAUAAUUUUAUUUAUUUAUUAUAAGAAUAAUGUAUUUUUUUAAUAAAUGUGAAAUUAAGUAUUUUGUAA